GUCGGGAGUUGGGAGAUCAUAUUCCGUUCCCAUGGAGGUUUCUGUUCUCCCCAUCGCUUCUGCUCACAAAGAGAAACUUAUCUCCGCUGGUUACACAACCCUCUUGUCUAUCGUCGGAGUCUCCGCCUCCCGCCUGGCCCAAGAACUAAUUAUUCCGCAUCGGGAAGCUGUGGAAAUCAUUAAAGUCACUCUGAAAUGUUGUAGAGCUGUAGGGUUGGAAGGCACGCAUGCAGUUUUGAAAGGAUCCCGGACUGCAUGGGAAAUGCUUUCGGAUGAACAAAACCUCAAGCUUAUUAGAACUGGCAGUGAAGAUUUUGAUGGCAUCCUUGGUGGUGGCAUACAUUGCGGGCAGGUUACCGAAAUGGGUGGUGUUCCAGGUAUUGGUAAAACACAAUUAGGGAUUCAGCUUGCAGUAAAUGUCCAAAUUCCAGUUUCUUAUGGCGGUCUAGGUGCUAAAGCAAUCUACAUAGACACUGAAGGAAGUUUUAUGCCUGAACGUGCUUAUCAAAUUGCUGAAGCCUGCAUAAUGGAUACUUGGGAAAAUUUAGGUUUUUCUCGAAAGGAGAUUGAAGAUUGCCAAGAAAAAAUGCAGCCUGACCAUUUCUUAGCUAACAUCCUUUACUUCCGCAUCUGCAGUUACACUGAGCAGAUAGCUGUGAUCAACUACCUUGACAAGUUCCUUGAAGAACACAAGGAUGUGAAAAUUGUUAUCAUCGACAGCAUCUCAUUUCACUUUCGCCAAGAUUUUAAAGAAAUGGUCCAAAGGACUAUUGUGCUUAACGAAAUGUCCAGGCAAUUGAUGAAACUUGCUGAAAGAUUUGCCGUGGCUGUUUUAUUACUUAAUCAUGUCACUGCAAAGCAUACAGAAGGCUCAUUCCAGUUAACGCUUGCACUUGGUGAUACUUGGUCUCAUUCCUGCACAAACAGAGUUAUCUUGUACUGGGACGGUAAUGAUCGCCAUGCCCGCAUUGAGAAAUCGCCUUACCUGCCUUCAGCUUCGGCACCAUUUUCUGUCACCGGUAAAGGUAUUCGCAAUGCCAUUACACAUUGCAAGCGUCUUCGAAUGAUGUAACUUGGAAUGAAAUGGCGAUGACACCAAGUUGUAUGGAGAGUCUGCUAUUUGUAUGGGACCGCUUGUUUACUGUUUCUUAAAGCAACUUUUUAGUAUAAAAUUAAACAGUUAUUUUAAGAAGCCGUCCCAAACGAAACCUUAUUUUUAUUGGGUCAUCUAAGUGAAUCACAUUUUUUAUCUAUAAA